AUGAUGGAAUUUCAAGACUUCAAUGUAAUUGAGGAAAUGCAAUCACCGAGAACAUUUGGCUCCCACAUGCGUUUCCGGUUCCUCCCUGAACAGAUGAAGCUAGGAAAAGGGAAAGUAAUCACCAUCACCCGUCAUCCUAAAGAUACUGUGGUAUCCAUGUACCAUAUGAUGCGGAACAUGGGAGAUAUCGGCUACCAAGGAACCUUUGAGGGCUUUUUGAAGAUAUUCAUGUCUGAAGAAAGUUUCAUGGGAAAUGGUUCAUGGUUUUCCUGGGUAAAAGACAUGGAGGAUUGGAAAAGUCCCAACAGUCUUAGUCUUUCUUACGAAGACUUCAAACAGAAUACAUUUCAGAAUGUGAUGAAAUUGGCGAAGUUUUUAGAUGUAGACCAUGAUGAAGCGUUCCUACGGUCAGUGGCAGAAAGUGUUCAAUUCAACAAACUGAAGGAAAGCCACAACCUCGCCACUCCGGCCAGUGAUCGAUGGAAAAAUAUUUCUGAAGACGGACGGUUACCAAUAUACAGGAAAGGCCAUGUAGGAGAAUGGAAAAACAUGUUCACUGUUGCCCAAAGUGAACAGUUUGAUAAAAUAUACAAUGAAAAGGUAGAGGAACUGGGUCUAAAAAUUAAAAUUAGCUUGGAAUAA